AUGCUCGCUUGCGUCUGGCUUGGCAAAGAAAGUCUCGAAAUGCAAGAAGUGCCCGUGCCGGCCAUUACCGAUCCCGAAGACGUUAUUAUCAAGAUCACUGGCACGACUGUCUGUGGCUCCGAUUUACACUUGUAUCAUGGCGAAAUCCUACAACUGAAAAAGGGCGAUAUUAUGGGCCACGAGAUGAUGGGUAUUGUUGACAAGGUCGGUGACCGUGUUACCAAGGUAAAACCUGGUGAUCGUGUCGUUGCCGCCUUCAACGUCGCCUGUGGCAAAUGCGAUUAUUGUAAAAAGCAACUGUACACGUCAUGCGACACUACCAACGAUAGCACUUUCCAAGAAAAAUUGUAUGGCAUGCGAAUUGCAGGGGUUAUGGGUUAUUCGCAUUUUGUCGGUGGAUUUGCAGGUGGUCAAGCCGAAUAUGGUCGCAUCCUGUUUGCAAACACCAACUUGAUCAAGGUGCCGGACAGCGUACCUGAUGAAAAGGCUUUGUUCUUGUCCGAUAUUGUACCCACAUCCUUCCAUGCGGUCUGGGAUACGGGAUGCCAAGAGAAUGAAGUAAUCGGUAUCUGGGGUCUUGGUCCUAUCGGCCUGUGCGCAGUUCAAUGGCUUCGCAAUGUGUUCAAAGCUGCACGAAUUAUUGUGAUUGACGACGUCCCCGAGCGAUUGCAUCUGGCGCAAAUCCACUGGGACGCCGAGCCAAUCAACUUUAGAGAAGAUUCAGACGUCAACAAAAAGAUUUUUGAACUCGUACCUGGUGGUCUGGAUCGUGCCAUUGAUUGCGCCGGGUUCCGCUAUACAAAGUCGUUGCUGCACAAGGUUGAGCAUGCCGUCGGUUUGGAGACGGACUCGCCGGAGGUCUUGAACGAGUGCCUGCGCGCUGUUAAGAAGUUUGGGUCGAUUGGCAUCAUUGCCGACUAUGCUGCUUACACUAAUCACUUCUUGGUCGGCGCCUUGAUGGAAAAGGGUAUUCGAUUAAUUGGAUGCGGUCAAGCACCGAUCCAGCGCCACUGGGAAACCUGUUUAAAGCACAUUGAAAGUGGUUUGUUUGAUCCAACAACAAUCUUGACAAACCGAUAUCCACUUGAGACCACUCCCGAAGUCUAUAAGCGUUUUGAUCAGAAGGACGCGGGUAUCAUCAAAGUUUUUAUCGAGACUAAGUUUAGCAACAAGCCAACAACUGGUACUCCAGCAUUGAGCAAUCCCGAUGAAUAAGUUUGGCUGUUUUUCUCUUUACUGUACACAGUCGUCUCAAG